ACGAACGUCAACCUAAUGGGCCACUUAAAACUUGGGUUCCAGAAUCACCGCUUGCAUUUCCUUCGCUUUAUUCCGCAUUCUUUCAAUGUCUCAACAACAACAUUUUGGGUGCUAAAUCUGACCACCACCACCGUACAGAACUCAGCUUUAUCUUACACUCCCAGGAGCAAAUCGGUAAUAGCCAAGGCACUGACUACUGAAGCAGCAGCUAAAGUACAACCGGCAAAGAUGGUCAAAGCUAUCAGGGUUCAUGAACUCGGUGGACCUGAGGUCCUUAAAUGGGAGGAUGUUGAACUUGGGGAACCCAAGGAGGGAGAGAUUCGUAUUAAAAACAAAGCUGUUGGACUUAAUUUCAUCGAUAUCUACUUCCGGAAAGGAGUUUAUAAGGCUCCUACCAUGCCCUUCACUCCAGGUAUGGAAGCUGUUGGAGAGGUGAUUGCUGUGGGACCUGGACUUACCGGCAGGAAAGUUGGAGAUAUUGUAGCUUAUGCUGGUAAUCCUAUGGGUGCAUAUGCUGAGGAGCAGAUUCUUCCAGCAGACAAAGUUGUGCCAGUUCCUCCUUCGGUUGACCCUAUUAUCGCAGCAUCCAUCAUGCUGAAGGGUAUGACCGCCCAUUAUCUAGUACGUCGAUGCUUCAAGGUUGAAUCUGGACACACGGUUCUUGUUCAUGCAGCAGCUGGUGGGGUUGGGUCUUUAUUAUGCCAGUGGGCAAACGCACUUGGUGCCACUGUCAUCGGAACUGUCUCAACCAAAGAGAAGGCGGCUCAAGCAAAGGAAGAUGGAUGUCACCAUGUCAUAAUUUACAAGGAUGAGGACUUUGUUGCCCGUGUCAAUGAUAUAACAUCAGGCAAGGGAGUGGAAGUUGUCUACGAUUCUGUAGGAAAAGAUACCUUUCAGGGAUCCUUGGCAUGCUUAAAGUCUCGUGGCUAUAUGGUGAACUUUGGACAGUCUUCCGGUACACCGGAUCCGGUUCCAUUGUCUGCACUUGCAGCUAAGUCUUUGUUCUUGACUAGGCCUUCCCUGAUGCAAUACACGGCUACUCGGGAUGAGCUGCUCAAAACCGCUGGGGAGGUGUUUGCUAACGUUGCAUCGAGUGUUUUACGGGCUCGGGUGAAUCACAAGUAUCCUUUGUCACAAGCUGCGCAAGCACACGAAGACCUCGAGAAUCGGAGAACAUCUGGAUCAGUUGUGCUGCUUCCAUGAAAGCAUCAAAAGAGCCCCUUGUGUGAUGUUGCAAAAAAAA